AUGGUACAGCCAUCGCUUUCGAAAUUUCUUCAAAACGAUGAUAAACUCUCGCAGCAGCUCAACGAACGCGAACUUGAGGCUGAAUCUUCUCUUAAACCCGGCGAUAAAACCGAUGAUACGCUAAGUGUUCAUCGCGGGGCUAUUCGUGUUCCUUCCCCAGAUCCAUCCCUCAUAUCAAUAGAUGAUUCCAACAAUAUACGAUUUGGUCAAAAUCCAGACUUUGUUCCUUUGUACCAUGAAGGUUAUGCUUCACGCUUACCCGUUCCUCCGCGAACUCUCAAAGGCAAAGUUCAAGCAUCCUGGACGUCAAAUAAGGGACUAGCGCUCGUUCUACUCGCUCAGCUGUUUGGAACCUUGAUGAACGUCACUACGAGAAUACUGGAAAUGGAAGGAAACAGUGGCAACGGCUAUCAUCCAUUCCAGAUCUUAUUCGCUAGAAUGAGUAUCACCACGGCGUGUUGUUGUUUCUACAUGUGGUAUAAGAAGACAGAACACUUUCCCUUCGGAAUGAAGGAAGUUCGCUCGUUACUAGUCGCCAGAGGACUUUUUGGCUUCUUCGGUGUUUUUGGAAUGUACUACUCCUUGUUGUACCUGCCCCUGGCCGAUGCUACCGUUAUUACGUUUCUUGCACCAUCGCUUGCUUGUUGGGCAUGUUCAUACUUCAUCCACGAGCCAUUCACCCGGAUGGAGCAGAUAGCUGCAUAUGUCUCGCUGUUCGGCGUCGUUCUUAUCGCGAGACCCGUCUCACUGUUCUCUGCGUUGUCGCAUUCUAAUGGGUCAGUUCCUCCUGGUACCGGCGACCUAGAUGCUCUUCCGUCGAACACGACUACGACUCCAUCCGAUCGUCUCGCUGCCGACUAUGAUUCAGUGACGCCCACGCAACGAGCAACAGCAGUAGGGAUUGCAAUGCUGGGUGUGAUAGGAGCAGCCGGCGCAUAUACCACCAUUCGAUGGAUCGGCAAGCGCGCUCAUCCGCUCAUAAGUGUCAACUACUUCGCAACGUGGUGCACGAUUGUCAGUGUCGUUGCUAUGUUUGCUAUGCCUGGCGUUGGCUUUCUUCUCCCGAAUAGCCUGAGAGACUGGUGUUACCUAAUCUUUCUGGGUAUCUGCGGAUUCGUCAUGCAAUUUCUCUUAGCCGCUGGGCUGCAAUACGAAAAGUCUUCUCGCGCAACGAACAUGGUCUACAUGCAGAUGCUCUUCGCGCUCACAUUCGAUAAGCUGGUCUGGGGCACGACACCUGGUGCCUUGUCCAUCAUCGGAUCGUCGCUCAUCCUUGGUUCGGCCAUAUAUGUUGCGAUGAACAAGGAACAACCGAAUACGAAAGUUGAAUCACCAGAGAGAGAUGGUGAAGAAGAGAGGGGUCUAAUAUCGCCAGCCUUUGAAGGCGAACGAACAAAUGACGAGGAUGACGCUAUACCAAUGAGACCGCUGAGAUGA